AUGAACCUCGUUUUUGGCCGAUUUGUCACCACAUUCAAUGACUCUGCCAUUGGCGCCAUCACUCCUGACAAUUCCAUGAAAGAGGUGUCGAGAUAUGCCCUCUACUUCAUCUACCCGUUCAUCGCCAGGUUCUUCCUCGUCUACAUCCAUACCAUUCUCGUGUCCCUCGUCGCCAUUUGUGUCACCUCGGCGCUCCGCAUAGAAUUUCUCCAGAGCCUCCUGCGCCAGGACAUGACCUACUCGACUCCGAUCAUGGCGGCGCCCCGUCGGCCAAGACUUAUCACAUUUGGCGUCGUCUCGACCAUUGUCAUCGUCACCGGCGUCUGCAUGACGAUCGAGGUUAAGAGCGAGAACGAGCUCAUGUCCGUCUGGUCCCAAGCCAGUCUCCUCACGCAAUCAAUCUCAACGACCUCCUCGCAGCGCCGCGAUCGCGACGGAGGCCGUCUUGGCCAUCCACGGGUGGCAUCGCUUCCGCAGGAGAAGAAGAUGCUCUACAUCUAUCAGCAGAGGAUGGACGCCGUGGCCAGUAACUCCACCAAGACGCUGGCUUUCACGAUGCUUUGGUACGCCUUCUUGCAGUCUGUCAACAUGUUCGCUUUGCCUUGA